CCCAAGCCCAACUAUAUCAAACGGAACCCCGUUCCGUGAUUACUAAUUUCUCCGGUGAAGCUCUGCUAAACGGUUAAACCCCCUGUCAGUCUGUCCCUAAAACCCUGCCACUCUGCAUCGAAGAGCUCAUCUUGUUCAUUGCUUAUUCAGGUGUCUAAUUCAGUCAUGUUUAUGACAAGAUUUAUUGGGAGAACCCUCUUUUCUGCUGCUAAAUCUGAAACCUCUGCUGCUGCUGCUGCUACGAUUCAGUUUGCACGUAACCCUCUCGAGGAGUUCUUUGAAGCAGAUAGAAGCCAGGAUGAGGACAACAAAAUUUUCUAUGGUCGAAGUUGGAAAGCUUCUGAACUACGCCUGAAGUCUUGGGACGAUCUUCAGAAGCUAUGGUAUGUUAUGUUAAAGGAGAAAAACAUGCUGAUGACUCAACGCCAGAUGCUUCAUGCUCAGAACCUAAGGUUUCCAAAUCCAGAGCGUUUACCUAAGGUGAGUAAGUCUAUGUGUCGAAUCAAGCAUGUACUCACUGAGAGAGCAAUUGAAGAGCCAGAUCCCAGGAGGUCAGCUGAGAUGAAGAGGAUGAUAAAUGCUUUGUGAAGACUUCCAAAAUUCUGGAGGUGCUUUGUGGGCUUGUUGGUGGGAUGUGAUAUUGCUGUAUUUUCCUUGGUGUAAGGUUACUACAUCCCCCUAAUAGUUAAUGCAGUUUCAUAAUAUCAUCAGCUAUUUGAUUAUGAACUUAUUGAAUUCUUUGUUUUUGUCUGUGAGAAGUAUAGUUGGAGGUAGGUUAACAAGUACCGAAAACAUAAUUAGGAGAUAGGUCAGAUUCUGCUGGUGAUUGGCGAACAUUUAUGUCGGUUCUCUUUGACAAUUUUUAUCUUCAACCUUCAAUCAAAACUCGUCCUCCUUUCUUUAUGGUACCUUAAA